CACAUCGCCUUUUGCGAGGUAUCUGACAGGAAUGUAUGGUGUAAACAUAACUAUGCAUACCCAUAUGGACGAUUGAAGCGGCGCUCGGAGCACGUAUAGCCGCUUAACCAGUGUUAACUACUGUUCCUAUUAAUGUGAACUACACUUGGUGUGAAAGUGCACUCGUUUUGAAGGGUAGCGUGGGGUCUCCUGGAGUGUAAUGGCUGACACAGGGUCACCAGUGGAUGGACCGCUGCCAGUUCCAGGAGAGGUCACAGAAACGGAUUUCGAGGAGCUAAAGGACAGAUGCAAGAUUCUGUUUGAAGCAGAUCCUUCCCAGGCACACACAGAUUCCUCCCUGCGACGUUUCCUGAAAGCUUUUGGAGAUGUUGAUGUAGCGUUCAAGCAGUUGUUGAAAUGCAACAAGUGGCGCCGAGAGUUUGGCGUGGCAAGUCUGACACCGGAGGAUGAAGAUGUCAUGAAUGAACUUGCCACAGGCAAAGUUCACAUCCUGCGGCAGCGUGACUCCAAGGGGAGACCCGUCGUGCAUGUGGCCGCCAGGAAACACAACGUCUAUGAGAGGGACAUCGACAAGUUUACCAGAUUCAUCGUCUAUAUACUGGAGACAGCUUGUAAGAAGUGUAACGAGGAUGUCAUUGACAGUCUGUGCAUCAUCUUCGACCUGAAGGGCUUCACCCUCAGCUGCAUGGACUACCAGUUCAUCAAGAACCUCAUCUGGCUCCUCAGCAAGAACUACCCCGAGCGUCUGGGCGUCUGCCUCAUCAUCAACUCACCCAUGAUGUUCUCCGGCUGCUGGGCUGCUAUACGACCCUGGUUGAAUGAUGUCACAGCCAGCAAGGUGCGUUUUGUUGCAGAUGACCUUGACCUAUGUCAGUACGUCCACCCGGACGCCCUUCCCCCAGAUGACUGAUUCUACCAGCAGGUGGCGCUAGUGGUGAUCAGUGCCGUCCCCUGGGAUUGAGGUGUCACUAUAGGAAACAAUAGGAGUAUUUGUAUAAUUGAACCACACAGAUUCAGCGUCAUCACGUCCACCCUUGAUGGCGGGACCUACCUUCAGGGACAUUCCCUGUGUAUGUAUUGUGAUAUUUUCACCCAGGUUACUGCAGAUGGAGGGUCUUUCUCAACUUUUGGGUAGUGAUAUUUCUUUCUUUUUUUUGUCAGAUGUCUUGAUUUAUUUAUGAAACUGUCUAUUGAAUGAGCAUUUUACCUUUUUGUGUAGAUAAGAAAGAGAUUAUUGGUUUGCUAAUUUUUCUAUUGCCAGUAAUGACUAUACAAUUUCCUAUACAAGAGGAGAUAGAAUACAGGCAUGUUUUAGACCACUGGUAACUUCAUACUUUUACAUUUUGGGGAACUUUGGAAAGAUUAGUAUGGAAACUGACAGGUGAAAUGUUUUUCUUUCAUACACUUUUGCCUUUUUUGGACUUCUGACAUCAUGAGGUAGAUAAGAAUGGCUGAAAGGAGUGAACAUUUACGACUUUUUGAAAAUCCACAUGAGUCAAAUGUUAGAAAUUUGUGAUCCAAUAUUAGUAGUUACUUCCUGGAAACCUGUAAAAUCACAUUCCACUUUUGCCUAUGCAUUUAGUGUUGUCUUAAGUCUGGAACAUUUUAGUGUUUAACGAACCAAUCUGUAAACAUUUAGCUCAGCUCCUUAGAAAUGUAGAUGCUGUUGGUUACACCGGUCCCCCAACCUGCCUCGUCCCUUGAUGCAAGAUGUAGCUUGUAUCGUGUCACAUUCAACAAUUACAUUGAUUUAGACUCGUUUAGCUGAAGGUGACAGUAAACUUCUUUCACAGGAAGGCUCCACUGACUUUCUUGUACAAUCUUUAUUUUCUUAUAUGCAAAAUAUUGUUCAGGUUGUUUUGACUGGUACACAAAGAAUUAUGUGUGUAGAGAAAAUUGCAGCAUUUACUUGAUAAAGCCGUACGUUUGUGAAAAAAGUUGCUUAACAAUAAUAAAGAAAUCUGAAAUU